GCCCCCCAAAAAAACAAAGUUGUCAAAUCUCCGCCCCAUGCCUACAUCACAGAAAGAGGUCCGGAAGUCGAAGGGGCACCUGGGAAAAGGAGUAGUUCUUGUGAACUUUAAAAAUGGGCUUAACGAAUCUAAAACUACAACCCCCAAAGACGCGCCUGUUGUUUGCAGCAUCCCGUGCAACAGCAAGAUGCCCAGAUCGUGUUGAAGUGUACUGAGCACGUAAUGACAAUUGAAAACGCAGGGUUUAGGUGUCGUAAUUUUUACCCUGUCUGCAAAGCACUAUCUCGAAACGCUGUUACCCUACUGGUUGGUAGCUGCACUUCUGCACUUCUAAAGUCCAUCGCCAGCACCCUACCAUUGGGGAGCGCCUUGGUUGUCCGCUCCUCCCGAGUCCAGUCAGUAACGUUAGCUAGUUAGCUAGCUAACGACAUCGAUAGAUUGACCCAUGUCCUCUGAAGAAGCCUCAUCGAUAUCGGGUUGGCUCUGGCUGAAUUCCUGGUGGAUACUCUUGCCUUUCAUCAUGCUCCUAGUUGUUGCUGCAUUCGUCGUUGCCUUCGUGUUGCUGUUGUACAUGAUAUCCCCGCUUAUAAGCCCCAAACCAAUGAAACUGAAUGGGGCCCACGUCGUGGUUACUGGUGGGUCCAGUGGCAUUGGAAAGAGCAUUGCCAUUGAGUGCUGCAAGCAAGGUGCCUUUAUCACACUGGUGGCACGUGAUGAGAGCAAAUUGCUGCAGGCAAAAAAGGAAAUAGAAAAAUUUGCCAUAAAUGAUAAGCAGGUCGUGCUGUGCAUUUCAGUUGAUGUGGCCAAGGAUUAUAGCGAAGUGGAGAGUGUCAUCAAGCAGGCUCAGGAGAAGCUGGGGCCUGUUGACAUGCUGGUGAACUGCGCUGGCAUGUCCAUUUCUGGGAAGUUUGAGGAGGUGGAGGUGGACCGUUUCCGGAAACUGAUGGAGGUGAACUACCUGGGCAGUGUGUACCCGACCCGGGCCGUCAUCACCACCAUGAAGGAGCGCAGGAUGGGCCGCAUCAUGUUCGUGUCCUCCCAGGCCGGCCAGAUCGGCCUCUUCGGCUACACCGCCUACUCCCCGUCCAAGUUCGCCCUACGUGGCCUGGCGGAGUCCCUGCAGAUGGAGAUGAAGCCCUAUAACAUCUAUGUGACCCUGGCCUUCCCGCCUGAUACCGACACGCCAGGCCUGGCAGAGGAGAAUAAGUGCAAGCCCUUAGAAACAAAGCUGAUAUCCGAGACGUCAGGGGUCUGCCAGCCGGAUCAGGUGGCAAAAAUUGUUGUCAAGGAUGCUGUGCAAGGGAACUUCAGCAGCUCUGUGGGGCCUGAUGGCUACAUGCUGUCUGCUCUGACCUGUGGGAUGAGUCCCGUCACAUCCAUUACAGAGGGCCUGCAGCAGAUCGUGACCAUGGGCUUGUUCCGCACCAUCGCCCUGUUCUACCUGGGCAGCUUCGACAGCAUCGUGCGGCGCUGCAUGAUCCAGCGGGAGCAGCAGUCCAAAGCAGCUGAAAAGAAGGAGUAACCCCCUCUGUUACCACCCUUACACCACCAUCACACACACACACACACACACACACACACACACACACACACACACACACACACACACACACACACACACACACACACACCCCUCCAUGUUGACAAGAAGGAGUA